AUGCAGAACGAUUCUGGAAUAGUCCGCUCCGUCGCUGCGUCACAGCGGCUUGACUCGAGAGGUAAACCCACCGUAAAGGUGACAAUUACAACUGAAAAAGGGAACUUUACUGCCUUGGUGCCGUCGGGAGCUUCUGUGGGCGCCUACGAGGCUCAUGAGCUACGAGAUGAAGAUGCACGCCAGUAUGGAGGUAAUAGUGUUCUAAAGGCAGUGCACAAUGUGGAGAACAUCAUUGGUCCAGAAUUAGUCAAGCAGAGGUUCAAUACGCGAGAUCUGCGCGAGAUAGACAAGUUCAUGAUUCACCUAGAUGGCUCUCAUGAUAAGAAAAGGCUGGGAGCCAACGCCAUCCUAGGUGUUAGCAUGGCCUGCGCACGCGCCGGAGCUGCGGAAACGGGCGUACCUUUGUAUGAGUUCCUAAGACAGACUGCGGAGAUAACAGGCCCAUAUAUUCUCCCGACCCCCUUUUUCAACGUCCUUAAUGGUGGAAGACAUUUUGGAAAUGAAAUAGUUUUUCAGGAGUUCAUGAUUGCACCUACCGCAGCGCAGUCCAUCACGGAGGCGAUUCAAUGGGGCAGCGAAGUGUAUCAGUCACUCAAAGGGGUGAUUACAGAAAAGUUUGGUUCAUCUGCCAUCGGAAUAGGAGAUGAGGGUGGAUUUGUACCUCCCAUUACACAACCCACGGAGGCUUUGGACCUCUUGAUGACCGCUAUCAAAAAGGCAGGCCAUGAAGGCAAAAUCAAAUUCGCAAUCGAUCCUGCCGCGAGUGAAUUCUUCAAGUCCGGAAAAUACGAUCUUGGAAUGAAGGCCCAUAAACCUAAUGCGCUAUCCGCCGAUGAGCUUCAGGAAUUGUAUAAAUCCCUGCUUGACCAAUAUCCUAUUAUACUUCUGGAGGAUCCUUUCGCAGAAGAUGACUGGGAAGCAUGGAAAUCCUUCCACCAGAAUUACUCAGUAGAGUUAGUGGGUGAUGACCUUUUGGCGACAAACAUUGAACGUAUCGACUUGGCACAUGCGCAAAAGGCAUGCAAUUCACUUUUGCUCAAAAUAAACCAAGUGGGGACUAUAACCGAGGCUCUAGAUGCGGCUCGAAAAGCGCAGAGUUAUGGCUGGAGCGUUUUCGUUUCGCAUCGAUCAGGCGAGACGACAGACGAUUUCAUUGCAGACCUCACCGUGGCCAUAUCAGUAGGACAUCUCAAGUCAGGUAGUCCAUGUAGAGGAGAAAGAGUUGCUAAGUACAACCGGCUCAUGGAUAUUGAGGAGGAGCUAAAAGGGUCUCGUUGCGAAUUUCAAUAUGCCGGUCUUCCAUGA